CCGAGAGCGCGUUUACGUAGCAGAAUGUGUGAGUGUACACGAAGAAGGUGAACUGCGUGCAGGGUAAACGUGCACGUUUUUAACCCCCCUGAUGUGUCCUGGCACUUGGAUUUUGACCCAGGUCCGUAAUAUGUAGUAACCUCUUCACCGUAGACUCACUUUCAGAACAGCUAUUGAAGAAGUGACGACCGUGGAUCGAUCAACGGGGGUUUGUUGGAGGCGAAGCCGCGCCGAGGCGCUUUGAGGUCGUAUAAAGUCACAAGUAGCGACCGCGACUAACGUCCACCCGCAUGAGAACCACACGGACACGGACUUUGACACUGCUGCCCAGUCCGGAAGGUCCCGGAGAGCAUGAGCCGAGAUGAGCCAGAGAGACACACUGGUUCAUCUGUUUGCUGGAGGAUGUGGAGGAACGGUGGGUGCGAUCCUGACCUGUCCUUUAGAGGUGGUGAAGACGAGGCUUCAGUCUUCCUCAAUAACGCUCUGCAUCUCUGAGGUGCAUCUGAGCACAGUUAAUGGAGCCAGUGUGGCACGUGUGGCCCCUCCGGGGCCCCUUCACUGCCUCAGAUUAAUUCUUGAAAAGGAAGGGCCUCGUUCUUUAUUUCGAGGCCUAGGGCCCAAUCUCAUCGGGGUGGCUCCUUCACGGGCCAUCUACUUCGCCGCCUAUUCCAGUUCAAAGGAGAGACUGAACCGUGUGUUUGAACCAGACUCCACGCAGGUGCACAUGACGUCUGCUGGGAUUGCAGGGUUCACGGCCAUAACCGCAACCAACCCAAUUUGGUUGAUUAAGACACGUCUGCAACUGGAUGCCAGGAAACGUGGAGAGCGUCGCAUGAACACAUUUGAGUGUGUGCGACGUGUGUAUCAGACGGAUGGUCUACGUGGGUUUUACCGCGGCAUGUCCGCUUCUUAUGCGGGCAUCUCAGAAACUGUGAUUCACUUUGUGAUCUAUGAAGGUAUAAAACGCCGUCUUUUAGAGGCCAAAGCAGCAACGCAUAUGGAUGGGGCACAGGACACAACCAAGGACGCAUCAGACUUCGUGGGCAUGAUGCUGGCAGCCGCCACUUCCAAGACCUGUGCCACCUCAAUAGCUUAUCCACACGAAGUAAUCCGUACACGGCUAAGGGAAGAAGGUAACAAGUACCGCUCAUUUUUCCAGAGUCUCAACCUGGUGAUAAGAGAGGAAGGCUAUCGAGCUCUUUACCGAGGGCUCACCACACAUGUGGUCAGACAGAUCCCUAAUACGGCCAUCAUGAUGUGCACCUAUGAGUUCGUUGUCUACCUGCUCGAUGGCUAAACUUUGACCUGAGGUGCCUAAGUACACAUGGACAAAAAGUUAUGUGGAUUCAUUCAGCAUUUGGUAGUCUGUUCUGAGAGGACGGUGUUAGGAGCAAAAGGGAAAUGACUAAAAAGUUGGCAUCUAGAAAGCAAUGUUGUUGUUUUUCCUUAACGUUCUGUCUUUUAAUGUUCCUUAAAAUGAUGCUGCUUCUAAAAACCAUUGACAGUCAGUUCACCUUUAGCCUCCUCAGUUUGUUUUUCCAUCUCAAACAGCACUUCACGUCAGAUGGAUCUUGUAAAUGCAUUCAGCAGGUUAUUUCUGUCAGAGAAGUUGUUCUUAUGUUGGCAGGUCUUUAUCUGGCCUAUUGCUGUGUUGUGACGCCGAUCACUGGAUUUUCUCAAACUUUGAGCUGGAAAGGAAUUAGAGAGGAUCUAAACUGAGGCUUGCUUCCUGUCUGUGAAUGGACAAUCAGGUUGCACUUACACCAUGCAAUGCAAAAGCAAAAAAAUCGUACAUAUACCUGACACUGUGUGCACAUGUAUGCUAAAAAAAGAUGUCUAAGAGUGCGUUUAGUUGUUUUGUCACUAUACAGGUGUGUGUGUGCUACAGAGUGUCAUAUCUGUGUGUUAUCGUGUGUUUGCUUGUUAAACACAUGAAUUUAACAAUCAUUGCAGCCGAAAUAGGUUGUUGGCACAAAAAACCUUUAACAAAUAUAUGUAUUCAGCAGAAAAAUUACUAAUUUAAAACUGUAAGAAAAGUAAAGCUAGAAAAAUACAUGAAAGCCAUUUCACUUUAACACAAAAUAAGUUUACUUUUUGUUUGGCAUGUUGUGCCAUUAUCUCAAAAACACACACUGAGCACCAAAAAAAUGAAACAAACAAACAAAAAAUCCAAGAAGGUUUGUGGCCACUGUGGUAAAUGGCAUAGAAAAGAACCUUAAGCUGCAAAAAAAAAAGAGGCAUUUUUGUUGUUUUGCAGUAAAAAUACCAAAACAUCCUUUGAAUAAGAUCAGUUUUCUUGAAGUAAAAUUGCAUUAGAUAUUAAGACAUUUUAGACUAUAUCUUAAAUUAAAGUGUCAUUAUUAAGUAAUUUAUAAUGAUUACAAAAUAUUAAUAUUUCAUUAUGAUACCCUCAGAAAAGCACAAAUUUCCUUUUUUGUCAUUAAAGAAAAAAAAACGCAGUGUGUAUUUACUGAGAAUGUCUUUAUGGCUUAUAUUUAUGUUAUAUUCAUAUUUAUAUUGUUGUUUCUCAAAUUCAAGUGAAUUGAUCUUGUUAUAAGAAUAUUUUAUUUUUUUGCAGGAAAACGACAAAAAUACUGAUUAAAAAAAUUGUUUGCAGUGCAGACAGAAACGUAAUCAAUUAUUAAAAUAUAAAAUGUCAAGUUGUCAAAAUUCAUGUUUUUCUUUAUGGUACAGUUUUGUAUCUCAUUCUCUCACACUGUGUAUGUGUUUGUUUGUUUUUUUGUAUGUGUUUUUUUUCAGUGUUUGGUUGUUUUGUUUACAGUCAGUUUGGUGUGACCGGUCAAAUGACCUGCUCUGUUCUCACUGUUCAUUAGGACAUUAAUUUUCAACAGAUGAUCAUAUAGAAAAAUAAAUGCAUAUUAUAAAACAAUGAA